UGUAGUGGGUAGCCGGAGUGACGGAGAAGACCGCAAAAACAGCGUCAAGCAGAGACAAUAAAAGUCGGCCAGCGGCCAAAAACGCGCUCAUUGCGUGCGCUGUUUUUGCAACGGCAACGGAGACGCGGCAAAACAACGGGAAGCGGGAAAAAAAUUAGCCAGGCCAGUGUUGGAUAGUGCAUACACACACACACACACACACAGACACACACCGCACACACAGAAGCAUACGGAAUACGCUACGAGCGAGACGAGCUCCAUGACCAGGAUGAGGAUGGGACACGCAUUUGUUGGAUUAAUUGUGUGCUGGCUGGCAGUUUGUCAACCGCAAGCGGAGGCGCAGUUUGCGGGUUUUGGCUUUCAGCCACAGCCACAGCAGCAGCAGUUCUAUCAGCCCCAGCAGCAGUUGGCCUACCAGCAGCAGCCCCGCCAGCAGCAGCAAUUCUAUCAGCCCCAGCAGCAGCAGGUGUACCAGCAGCAGCAGCCCCGCCAACGUCCUGGAUCCGUGUCCAAAGCCAACACCAAUGCCUAUGAGCGGCAGGUGGACUUUGGCAACAAUGUGGAGUACACCCAGGGAUUGUCGAACUCGCGGGCCGUGACCCGCCAGAAUGGACAGCGAACGGUGACGAACAGUCAGGCGCAGAAUCGUGAUGUGGACAUUGGUGGCCUGCAGAUUGGCAACACGCUGACACGCACCAAGACCAAUACCAAUGGAGCUGUGUCCCAGGGCAUUGCCAAUCAGUUUAGGAUCGGAAAUGUGGGACUGGGCGCCUCGCUGUCGCCAACGAACUUGCAGCAGGGACUCGGCCUGCAGCGUGGCGCUAAUGGAGAUUUGCGUUUGGGCUUGGGUCUGCUCAGCCUGGACCUGGAUCGCAAUGUGCCCAACUCGAAUGCGUUGACGCAGGCCCAGGUGAAUGCCCAGGGCAAGGGAGCGCGCGUCAAGUCGAACAGCAAUGCGUUGACCAACACUCAGCAAUAUGGCGGCGUUACCGUUACGGACACACGCGCCAAUUCGAAGGCCGUGGGCAAGGCGCGACGUGGACAGACUUCGGCGACAACUGGCGGAUUCGGUGGCAAUGCGGCGACCAAUGGCCAGACCUACGGCGGUCCCUUCCAGCAGCGUGUGGUGCGACAGCCCCAGCAACAAUUUGCCGUGCGGCGUCCCAAGCGUCGGGCACAGUUCGUGCCCUUUGGCUAUCCCGGCGGUGGCUUUGGCGGACCGUUGGGCUUCGAUCGUCCGCGUCGGCAGUUUGGCGGCGGCUUUGGUGGCCCACAGUUUGGUGGCCCACAGUUUGGUGGCCCACAGUUUGGUGGCCCACAGUUUGGUCGUCCACAGUUUGGUGGCCCACAGUUUGGUGGCCCACAGUUUGGCGGUGGCUUCGAUAGCUUUGGACAGCCGCAGCAGAAGCAGCAGCAAGACAACAAAAAGAAGAACAACAAAGAGCAGCAGCAGGCUCAAGGCAGUGCCAAUGCCCAGGGUGGACCUGGAUUCGAUCAGCAAGCAGCGAGCAAUAACCACGCUAGCAAAGGCAACACUGGCUCCAGCAGCAUUGGCUCGAACCUUGCACAGGAUGGCAGCAGCGGGCAGGUGAGCUCCGCGAAUACCAAUGAAAUGAACACCCAAACGGCUGGCGGCUUCGACAACACUCAGAACUCACAGAGUCAAGCGUUGAACUUUGAUGCUGGGCAGCAGCAGGCAUCCAGUGCGAAUGCCAAUACUAAGCACACGCAGGAGGGUAACCGGGAGACUGUCGGCUCCAACAGUGGCUCCACGGCCACCAACAACAAUCAGUUUGGUUCCUCCUCGAACAUGGCGCAGACGAACAGCCAAGUGGUGCGCGACGGCAAUCGUCAGGAGGCGACCAGCGAUGCCAGCAGCCAGUCGAUGUUCCAGGGCAACGGCCAGAAUCCAGGCAAUGCCGCUGCCAACACCAGUGCCCAGACCAGCUCCAAGACGGGCCCCAAUGGUUAUGUCAGCAAUUCCGCAUCGAGCAGCGCCUCGGCCACCAGCCAAAAUGGACAAUCGGCCAAUGCCAAUGCGAGUGCGAAUGCCGGUGGCGGUGCCGGUGGCAAUGGCGCGAAUGCCGGCGCCAAUGGUGGUGCAUUCGGCGGUGGUGCGAAUUCCAAUAGCAAUGUCUAUGGUGGCUUUGGCUUCUUUGGCCGUUAGUAGUCAGAUGAUCUCUCCACGCAGGGAGUCGUCCCCAUAUUUCUUUGUGUAUUUUUCAUGUGUUUUUUUUGGCUUAUUUAAACUUUUUU